CUCGAAGGAGCUCUGAUCAAGCACGUCGUCGCCAUCUUCUGCCUAAUUUUCUGCUUAGAGCUCAUACAUUUACUGACGCUUCUGAAUAGACAAUUUCUUCAACAUCAAUGAAAAGGCUGACGAAAGCUUUCAGCAAACCCCGCGUCCUCGUUAUUCGUACGAUUGGCAAAAGUAUGUGCCGGGAGAGCAAUUACUUCAAACUACGCGCCAGCUCGACCGAACAACACGCGGCAAGGCCAUUGGGAUGGAAGACGUCAAAUUUUGAAUGCCUUUGUCCCUGUGGCGAGCGCAGAGUUGCAAGUUCUCGCCGUUACCAAUAUCGAAGACAAGCUCUGUGAUCCUUUGGGCCGCUAUUUGGCGCCCAUCAUGGAGAAGGCUUCGAUUCAGCUCGCCCUGGAACUACUGUCGCGGAAUUAUGGCCUGUAUCUAUACAAACGCUUGCGAAGAGACUGGGAGCAAAACCAGGUCUCCUGUUUUGCCUGUUGGAUUCACCGACGAAAUUACAGAGUAACUAGGGGAAGAAGGCGUUGCAACAGCAGAGGCUGGUUCAGAGAAGCCCAAGGGCCAGCCCAAGAGCUCUUCUACCUUUUGUUAAUAUUCUUGUGACAAGAAUUACCUGGUUUUCUCCCAACGUGACCAAUUUCAGCCCAUCAUCACAGCUAGUCCGUGUCCAGCACCCCGGAGCCCAGCAGCCCAUGUACAAGUCCAAAUAGCCUCGUCACGCC